AUGACAGACAGUAAUCCCACUGCGGAGCAGCCUCGAGGCAGCCCUCCAGCUCAGAAGUCACCAUCGGGGGCUCAAGCAGGCUCACCGGGCGCGCCAUCCCAUACUGAAAUACUCCCGGCGCAACACUGGACUAAUUUGGCGGAGAGUCAUGAGCGUGAUGACAAUGCGGAUUUGGCUGUCGAUGACAAGCAGAGUUCGACAGCGUCGAUCAGCUCCAGCAUUAUCGAGUACAGAACCAUCCAAGGGAGAACAUUUCAUAGCAAUCGCGGCAACGCGCAGUAUUGGUCAGUCUCUGACCUAGAUCUAUGUGGCGACACGAGUACUUACCACGAGUCAAGGGGUGCGAAUGACGAACGGCAGAACGAAGCCCUGGAUAUCGCUCACCACUUUCACACCCUGCUUUUCGAUGGAAAGCUUCAUCUGGCGCCACUGGAUAAGGACAAGGUGCAGGCUCAGACCGUGCUUGAUAUUGGAACCGGGACAGGUAUUUGGGCAAUCGAUUUCGGCGACCAGUACCCCAAUGCCACUGUCAUUGGAACUGACAUCUCGCCCAUCCAGCCCACAUGGGUGCCACCAAAUGUACAAUUCCAGAUUGACGACUGCACUCAGGAGUGGACCUUUGCGCCUAAUACUGCCGACUACGUACACAUGCGUUGGCUGGUAGGGAGCAUCGUGGACUGGACCGCUCUGUACAAAGAGGCGUUCAAUGUACUGAAGCCCGGAGGCUACCUCGAGGAUCACGAACCCUCGCCCUACAUCGUCAGUGACGAUGGCACCGUUCCCGACACCAGCGCUCACGGUCAGUGGGGCAAGUUCUUUGUCGACGGCGGCCGCAAGAUUGGCCGCUCUUUCACUAUUUUCGAAGAUGACACGCAGAGGAAAGCGAUGGCUGAUGCGGGCUUUGUUGACAUUGUUGUCACAGACCAAAAGGCAAGGAAGGCCCUUCCGGAUAUUGGCAAGUCGUCUUGA